UAAAAAUAUAAAGCGACUAACAUGACCGCGAUAGCGCGUUCGCGCUAGGUUAGGUUAGUCGAUUUGGAAGUCUGUAGCGUGCGGUAGUGUCGGGGACAACUAAAUACUGACAGUUACGCUCUCAAAAUCGUUUUCUAUUUGAAUAGUUAAUCAUCUGAACAUAAAUUUCCUUGUUUUUAAAAUAUAAUUGUUUUAAAAUGUCUUCAAUUGACAAAAACAGUGCUUCAAAACAAAACGAUAUAAUAAAAGAGGACAAGAACAAAAUCAGCACCAGCAGCGCCUUAACAUGCUGUCAACACAAUGAUUCUUUGACAUCUGUUUCGAUGGAUGAUGAAAUAAAUAUGUGUGAAAUCAGAAACACUAACUUGAAAUCAACACAAUUAAAUUGUAACAAUAACAAUACCAAGCAACAGAAAAAUAUGAUGAACGUAUUUGCUAAAAAACAAGCCGUUGACAUAACGUUUGAUGAUAUCAGUUUUUCUUAUUCAACUUGGAAAAUCACCAAAUUAAAGAAAGAAACAAAGAAAAUUCUUCAUGGAGUAUCAGGUCAGUUCAAGUCAGGUGAAUUAUCAGUAAUAAUGGGUCCUUCUGGUGCUGGAAAGAGUACUCUUCUAGACGUGUUGGCUGGAUUUAUAACUAAAGGAAGUACCGGUACUGUGAAAUUAAACGAUGUCGUUAGAGAUCGGAAUCCGCGGUAUAGAAAGUUAUCAGCUUAUAUACCUCAAAAUGAAGAACUACGGAUGGCCUUGACAGCAAAGGAGGCCAUGACUUUUGCUGCUAACUUAAAAUUGGGUUACAAUGUGUCUAAUGACUUCAAAAUGCAACAGAUAUCGGAAAUUCUGCAAAUGUUAGGUCUAGAUCAGUGUCAAUUCACACUGACAUCAAGAUUGUCUGGAGGUCAGCGAAAGAGGUUAGCUGUGGCAUUAGAGUUACUUAGCAAUCCUCCCAUUCUGUUUCUAGAUGAACCCACUACUGGCCUCGAUAGUAUGUCCUGUACACAGUGUGUAUCUCUUUUGAAAAGGCUUGCACAAGAAGGUAGAACAGUAAUUGCAACUAUUCAUCAGCCAUCAGCUUUACUGUUUGAGAUGUUCGAUAAGCUCUAUACUCUAUCACAAGGAAAAUGCAUAUAUAAUGGAAGAUCCAGCGACGUAGUUAGUUAUUUGGAAAAACAAGACUAUAGAUGCCCUUCUUAUCAUAAUCCAGCAGAUUAUUUAAUGGAAGUAGCAACAGGAGAACACAAUGCAGAUAUAAAUGCCUUAGCUGAAGCCGCAAAGUAUCAACAUUCCCAAAAAUCAGAAAAUUUUAAAUGUAUUAGUGAUAAAGAAAGUAAAAUAGAUUAUUCUGACUUGUUUCAACCGAGAAGUUUAGGAAUCUCCUCCGACGAUCCAAAGACAACGCCGGCUGCCACCAUUAUGCAAUUUUUGCUGCUGUAUAAACGAAAUCUGUUGACCACAAAGCGAUGUUACAAUCCUGCCCUUAACAGAAUUUUAGCGCACGUUAUUAUUGGAUUUAUAUUUGGAUAUUUGUACCGAGAUGUUGGAAAAGGUGCGAGUACAAUAUUAGCAAAUUACGUAUAUCUCUAUGGCACCCUUUUACUCACCGUUUAUACUGGAGAAAUGCCAGUUACUUUAUCAUUUCCAUUAGAAAUGAGGAUAUUAUCAAGGGAACAUUUCAAUCGAUGGUAUAAACUGACGCCGUAUUUGUUGUCUGUGAUAUUAGUUGAAAUACCGUUUCAAGUAUUAUGCACCUGGAUAUAUAUUGCGAUUUCCUAUUCGCUUACCAAUCAACCGUUUGAUUUCCGGUUGAUUUUAUUUGUUAUAUUUGUUACUGCAUGCUCUCUGUGUGCCCAGUCUAUGGGAUAUUUUAUUGGAGCAACAACUCCAAUUAAGGUUGCUGUCUUUACUGCACCAGUGUUAGCCUGUUUCUUGUCUGUGUUCGGAUUCUGUAUACGAUCAUUUGACACGCCUUAUUUAUUUAAGCCCAUUUUCUUUAUUAGUUAUUUUAGAGCUGCAUUCCAAAGUGUUGUUUAUUCAGUAUAUGGACUAGAUAGAGGAAAAUUGUAUUGUUCGCCAGACAAUGAAUAUUGCCAUUAUCAGGAUCCGGAGCAUUUUCUUAGAGAAAUGGAUAUAGUUGAUAUUGAUUUGGUUUCAAAUUUCAUCUUGAUUCUUUGUAUAGGGUGCAUUAUGUACGCUGCUACAUAUUUAACUUUAUGGUUAAGAUUAAAUAAACGUUAGAUGGCUCAAUUUAAUAAAAAAUUAUAAGUCUUACUGCCAAAGAUAUAGAAAUUAAUGAAAUAACGUAGGUAUUUAUGAUGUGAGUCACAUUUAAAUUUUUUUAUUAUAUUACAUUUUUAAAAUUGGUUAACAUAACAUCGUGUGCAAUCAUUUUAAAUCAUUAAAACAUGGCCAGUUUAAAAAAAGGAGUUUUUAACUUUUCUCAUGCUAAAAAACUUAUUAUUUUAUUAUUUUUACAUCACAUAUAAUUAGACUAUUGAAAUUAUAAAUUCAAACGAUUUUUAACUUUUUUCCACAAUAUCCGCCUAUAUCUAUAACUUAGUUUUAAUUGAAAUCGUUUAAAAAAGUUUCUUGUAGAAAAGCCUAUAUAAAAAUUAAAUUUUUUGCGAAUGUCGAGUAUUUCUAGCUCAAACUUUUAUUUUUUAUAGGUAUCUACAAAAUAAAUUGCUUUAGCUACGUUUUAACCAAAAGGGCGCGACUAUAUGGUUUUGUUAAAUUAUCUAAUAGGGUCGUAGAUUAAGUACCAAACUUUAAAAGAUGUGCAGGUUGAAUCCAAUAAUUUUCGUUGUAUCUAUAACAGAUAAUUUAUAGCAUUUUUAUAUAAAUCAAGGGACUCGUUGAAAUAUGUAUAAUGAAGGUCCAAUAAAAAUAAGCAAGAAAAGCUUCAACAAAAUUUUAGUACAGUGUUUGAAGGUUUUUGGCUCCAAUUUCUUUAGGACUAAAACGAUUAACGUGAAAUUUGGACAGUUAGUAGGUAAGAAAUGGCUCAUGGAAGAAAAGUUAUACAAUGCCGAUGUGCCCUUCUACCGUGGGGAAGAAUGCCGCCCCUUCUCGGGGGUGGAAAUUAUUAAACUUAAAAUAUCGUAAGAUUGAAGUAUUCUAAGAAAAAAAUGUUCCAUGAAGUUUUUUUUUUUUUGAUAAAUUAACGUUUUUAGAGUUAUAUCGCGAUUGAAAAUGUUGAUUACUCAAUAAAAAAAGAAUGUUUUACAGUGAUUUAUCAACGAGUACCUCAAGAAAAAAAUCAGAAAAAUAGAAAAAAAAACAAAAUCAUAAACAAAUAAAAAUAAAAAAAGAAUCGAUUGAUAUUUUUUUAUUUCUGUAGAUGCAAUACCAACCGACUUUUGGCUUGUUGAAGUUAACUAUUUUUUCGCCAAAAACAUUAAAAUGUUAAAGACAGAAAAUUACAAUUUUUUUAAGGAAAACUCGUUAGAGCUUUUUAGAGUGCUUAGAAAGACUUAUCGGGAAAACAAAGUAGCCAUCUCGUUUUUCUGGAUGAAAAAUCAGCUGAAGCUAAUGGCUUAUCUACAAGAAUUAAAAUUAUACGUCAUCCAAUUAAAAUUAACUUUAUUAAGGCACUAACAAUCUGUUCUAAAAGUUUGAUUCAAUUUUAAAAUAUCUUUUGAUAAUUUCAAUAAAAUCUUCUAAUUUUCACAAUACCUCAAGAACUAAAGAAGAUAAGCGAAAAAUACACGGGUUAAGAAAAGUAGGUUUUUGUUUGCAAAAAAUUUGGUUUUUGUUUCUGCAGGCUAAAAAUGACUUUUUUAGUUUUUUUUUUUCGAGUGCGAGCUAAACAAGUUCAAAUUUAGAGACCUUGCAGUUCUUGAAAUUCCUUGCAAAAUGGGUUCUUGAGCGAUUAGUUAUUUUUAAAAUUAACAGGUUCAUACUAACGGCGCGCAUACACCUCCAGACGUUAUUUGCUGUGUGCUAACGGCGCGCAAACGCGUACACGGUAUUAGUUCAAUUUGUGUUAGUAUUCUAUUAGCACGAGUGUUUAACUUUUUGAAUUCUGUGUUUUGCUUGGCUUCGACAGUGAUUCUAAAAUGGUCGAUUCUGAAGCAGGUCCCUCACAGUCGAAACUGCAUAAAAUGAGAAAAAAUAAGCAUAAUUCGUUAACUGAGGACGAAUAAGAAGAAUUUUAUUUAAAUUAUUUUGGUGCCUGAAAUGUCGUCGUUUUAUAGUUUUCAAAUUUUUUCUAAUCCAAAAUGUGUUUCUUUUUUUAUUUUUUAUAUUCUAUGUAUGUCCAACAAUUAAAUAAUUUUAUUUAUAAAAAAAGUUAAUACGCUUGUACGCGUCCAUCAGCUCCCGGAGUGAAAAUUCGGGGUGCACAUGCACCUCUGUUUGGGGUUUCACUUCAUAUUUAACAAGUGACAUUAAAAACUUAAUAUUAACCUAUCUAAAGUAAUUGCAUACAGCUUCUCGUAGAUAUUUGUCAUCCGCCAUCGGUUUAAUAUUCCUUUUGACCGUUAACAGUAAACCUGUUAAAGAAGGUAUUUAUAAAAAUUAAAUCUGAUUUUUCGAAAAAAAGUUCGGAGCAUGUAAAUUACUGUAUUCUCGACAGUUUCAGAGCGUUUAUAAAUGCAUUCAAACACAAAUUUCGGUAUACUUACGUGUGUAACUAUAUCCUAAUACACUCAUAGGUUCAAAAAUUGAGUUGCUUCAAUGACUUAUUAACUAUUCUCGAUCAGAUGCGCUAUGAGAACUUUACUAAGGCUACCUCUAAAAACAGUAACUUGCAUCCCUUGUUCCAACAGUUAAUGCACUGUAUGAGCUUAUUUACAAACCCAAAUGUGAACACAACAAUUCGUCCAACUGAUUGGAGAUGGUCUAAAAAUAAAAAAUCGUAACAUCUAAUUGAAAUGGUAAAUAUGCCAGCACCAAAAGAGGUCAUUAAAAUGAUAUUUUAAAUUUGCAAAAAAUGCUGCUUAAUUUGUGAUGUCAAUUCAAAUGUGGAUCCACUGAUAUAUGUCAAAAAUGUCUUCGAACUGAAGAUCAAGAGGAGGAUGUCGACAGUGAUGGUAGUUCAGUGAUGAUGCAUAGAAUUUUGAUAAUAAAUCACAAUAUUUUAAUGUACAUUAAAAUUCGAUUUUUCCAAUUUUUUCAUUUAAUACUUUCAGUGUGAGGAAGUAUAAAUGGUUGAUUUUAACCACAAGGGCGAUUUCUGAGAGAUAUAAAGUUGCAAAAAUCAGAAAAAGUAUUUAAAACAGGCCCGGAAUUUAAUUUCUUUAUAUAUUCACCAAUAAAAAAUUUCAAGAUGUUUAAAAUUAUUUUUUUUUGUAAAUUUCGUAUUAAGGGUUUUAAAUGUUAAAUGUUAAAUGUUGAAAUAAAUCAUAAGUAAUAAUAUGAAUAUGAAUAAUAAUAUCGUCAUAAAAAAUUUAAAACUGUUUUUAAAAACUAAUUUAUUUAUCAAUUUUGUCAUAAGGGGUAGUUUUAAAGGGAGAAGACAUUAAAAUAGAUCAUACAGUAUGUUCAAUAUUAUAAAAUAUAGGUAUAUCAUAUUGUUAAUAUUUUUUCCUACGAUCACUUAGGAAAGUGACACAUAUCACACUAUUUACUAGAAGAGCCAUAUAUCACACACGUGUGGAUAAGAAUCUACUUUUCACCAGUGUAUGAAUAUCUACUUACCGCAUUAGCUGUCAAAUAUGUCAAACUGGUAAUUUAUAUUUUUAUCUAUGUAAUGACCAUAUUAAGAGUAAAAUAGUGUUGAUGAUUAAAUCGUGAAUACUGAUUUUUGCACCUAGAUUCUAGAUAUUUAUAAUUAACAAAUUAUUUAAAUAAUUUUAAAGUAGAUAACAUUAUUUUUAGUUUUUUUUUUAAUAUAAAUAUUAAUUUAGGCAAUUGAUUUAACAAGCUUGUUAGCUCAGUUCAUAGAGCGUUCAACAUUAUCAACUUUGCAUGUUUUGACCACUUCGUGACGCAUAUUCAAUCCCUACCAUUGAAAGCACUUUCUUUUAUUUUUUAAAAAAAUACGAAAAUUGAAGAAAUACGACUAUUGUUAUUUAUUUAUAUAUUUUAAAUAGGUACAUUUUAUUUAUCUUAAUAUAACAUCUACAGUUAAUAUUUUUGCUGUUUACUUUAUACUAUUUACAUUAAUUUUCAGAAAAAAUUUGUAAGUAGGUAAUACAAAACUUCUUGUUCAUGGUUAUUUAUCUUAGUAUUUGAAAAAAUCAAUGAUUAAAAAAUAUUAUUGUAUUCUAUUAGUUUUGUAUACCUAAUGUUAUUUUAUCGUUAAUAUCCUAUGAAAGUGUUUGACAAUGAAAUCACGCUUUUAAUUUCGACAAAACAUUUUAAAAUUUAUUUAAUAAGCUACAUAAAAAAAACAAAUCUUAAACUAGCCACAUACUGAUUGAAUCUUUAUAGCCAGAUUUCCUGGUUUUACAUAUUUUUGAUAAAAAUAUUUUGUAGUCGUAGGAAAAAUAUUGUUCAUCACUUGUGCAAGUGAUUUUUCAUACUCGUCUGAUUAUGGCACUCGGCUUAUGCCUCGUGCGACAAUAUUUUCCAAUCGUGUGAGAAAUGACACUGUUCACACUUGUAAUAUAAAUAUGAUUUUAAUCCAAACGACGCUAAAAUAUAUGGUUUUCAAACAGGGGUAGUUCUCACCCCCUAAAACUAAAAAACGCACGUCAGCAACGUAUAACUUUUAAAGAGGAGGAGCUUAAUUUCAAAUUUUUAUCCGAAAAAGUCGAUGGUAAAAGCCUAUUUUUUCGUUUAAACACCGAACUAUAUUUAAAGUAUUAAUACAUCAAAAAAAAUAAAAAAUGUUUCUUUGCGAAAGUUUUUCACAAAAGUGAUAAUUAAUUAAGUUGAAGAAUAUCAUCAUUUUAUUCAAAAUUUUAUUGCGUUUAAGUUUAAAAGCUAAAAACGAAAGAUAUUACUUAAUUAUGUUUAAAUAUAAUUUUAUAUUUAUUUAAUAUAUUUAUAUGUCUAUUAUAAAAUAUUUAUCAUUUUUAUAAUAAGCCAAAGAUACUUUUAAUAUUUAAUUACAAUAACAAUUAUAGAAAUUAGGUAAUUUUACUUAAAUUUUUGACACUUUUUGUUUACUUACUUAACUAUGUAGUUUAUAAAUAAUAUAUUUUUUUACUGUAUUGUUAUUAUUAAUUUUAUUAUUUUAGGAAAGUCAACUGUAAAUUUCGGCCGUCAUCUUAUAAUGAAAUAAAAUAUGCCCCGAAAGUACGUAAAAACACUCCCAGUAAACUACAAAUAGUCGGCAUUCGCUCGGCCUGACACCGGCAUGUACGGGAAGCUGAGUACUCGGAUUGCCGUUGUCGGGGUUGCUUCUGAGCCGAGAGGACCGUAACAUUUGACGUAAUUUAGAAGUAGAAACCGCAUGUGGUCCAUCUUUGGCUUUCCAGACAUGGAAGGCAUCCUUACGGGCCGAACGCGGUGAAUAUUUGGGUAGCCUGCCAUGAGAGUCAUCCUUACGGGCCGAACUAUAUAUAGAUAUAUGUGUAAACGCGGCUACAACGUAGUGGGCUGCCGACAUUCGGCUGGGCGGACAUGCCCUACUUAUAUGCCGAAGCUGCACCCGUAUAUCGGGCAGAGUCCGGCAUCCAGCAAGCCUCCUUCGAUCCAGUUACGGUGCCGAUUAACUGUGUUUAUUGGGUUGUUCUUUACCAAACGGACCCAUUUCCAAUCAAAGUGAUUAAAACAAUGGCAUUUCCGGUGUCAUAAUUUUCGAGAAAUGUCGCGAUAUAAUACAGAGAUAAGAAUUAUACCAUCGGAUAUCCUUUGAUUAAUAGAACUCAUAAAAGUACCUAUCUGUGCCACCUCUUUUCCUGAGCCAAAUGUUCGGUACGGCCUUUUUUACAACCAAACUUCCCUCAUAUGAGUUAAAACAAUAUGCAGUCCAAAGGUUGUAAUGUCCCAUUCUCGAAUAUGUGCCGCGAUUUACCAUGAAGUAGGUUGCUGGCAUAGCGCGAUUUCUAAGGGUGUACAUGCGGAUUAUGCCUCGAUGACCGAUAGGCGGUGGUACACUCUCAUUUAAAUUAGUACAUAUUACAUCGUCUAUAGACAUCUUCGACAUGAACACACCCUAAGACAUGCCUCUUCCCAUACAAUAUAUUUUAUAUACAGAAAAUCACGUAAAACAUUUCAGCGAUUGCCCUACAAAUUACAAUCCUAAUUAAAUCUGAGGUCGGUGCUUAUGUUGAGUAUGGGGUAUUAAUUGCACUGCGAUCUGAUUGCCCCCUUCUGUCGCUAAUGCUUUAAAGAAAUUUUGGCGUUGUAGGAAAUGGCGCGUGAAAGUUUAGAAAUAUUAUUGUGUCCGUACCUAUACCGUUUUAACAGAUCAAAAAGAAUCAAUUAAAAAAAAAUAGAUCAAACCUCCAUUUUCAGAAUUGUGAAGAACCUACCUUUUGAAUCUAAAUUAUUAUUAUUUUUACCUUUUACCUAUUUAUAUACAUGUAGUUGACAAACAUAAUUAUAUAACAUAAUCAUAGUAUUUUUUUGUUGUUUUUAUGACAAUCUGCAAAAAUGAAUCAAAAUAAAAAGUUGAAAUUUUAUACAUUAUCUGGAAAAUUUCUGAAUAUAAGUAUUUAAACAUUAAACAUUUAUUUUUAUUAGAAGAAAGCAUCUUUUUAAAGGGAAAAUUCAAUUAGAUUGAAUUUUUAUUGUUCUGUUCAGAAUAAUUUACGCGAGAGUACCGAUAAUAAUUAUGGCACCUGAAGUUCUACUACUGUCUAUUGAUCAAUGUAUAUCUGAUGACAUAAUUCUUAUUUUGAUAUCAAAUCGCGACAUUUGUCGCUAACUAUGGCACCGAAAGUACUAUUGCUUUAAACCCUUUGCUCAGGAUGGUAAUUGGCACAGGUGCCGUUUGGUGAAGUAAUGUUUUUACAUGCCAUUCGUGCCAUAUUUUAUUUUGUUAUCAGAUGACGGCCAAAAUUUGCAAUGGGCUCUUGGGUUAUUAUGUCGAUGGCUCAAUCAAAAACCGCCACAAGUCAAAAAACAAAGAAAGUUACAUUUUUGGUUCAAUGGAUGCAAAAUAUCAUUAAGGUUUUAUUUUAAAUACCUCCACAAACAAAAAUAUCCUUAGAGAUAAAUCAUUUAAAAUCUAGCCACAAACUUGGUCUAAAACUGCCUCAGUUCGAGUUAUUUUCUGCAAAAACACCCAAAUUUUUUACAAACUAUGC